UCCAUAUAUGUUGGGACCACUAAUUAAGAAUUCUGGGAUUUGAGCCUCCAACAUAGUUGGUAACUGGAGGUGUCUGGAAUUUCAGCCGUGUCUGCUGUGAUAUAUUUGUAACCAUGGAUGUGAUGAUGUGUACAGCCAGCAUUUUAAAUCUCUGUGCUAUCAGCAUUGACAGAUACACCGCAGUGGUGAUGCCUGUACUUUACCAAUACAACACUGGCCCCAGCUCUUGCCGGAGAGUUUCUCUUAUGAUAACAAUAGUCUGGUUGUUGGCAUUUGCUGUUUCCUGCCCUCUUCUCUUUGGCUUCAAUACCACAGGUGAUCCCAAUAUUUGCUCCAUCUCUAAUCCUGAUUUUAUUAUCUAUUCUUCUGUGGCAUCCUUUUAUAUUCCAUUCUUGGUGACUCUUAUGCUCUACAUCCGGAUUUACAUGGUUCUGAGGCAAAGACAGAGGAAGCGAAUCCUCACCAGACAAGGCGGCCAUAGUGUCAAAGCCUAUUGUAAACAGCAACCACCUACAGAGAGAAAAGUUUUGCACAAGAAUCCCCCAGAUGCUCUUUCAUGUUGCUUACUGCUAAAAUGUUCACACCAGAUGUUGCCUGCUGAAAAGAAGCCUCUGACACCUACAGACUUACAGGGGUAUUGCAGUUUUUGCCAUGAAGUUUCCUUCUCCAGCAGAGGGGAUAAACAGGCUGGUGACCUAAAAAUAAGGAAGAAAAUCAAGGAACAAAACUUAGAAGUGCACAAGCUCAACAAUGGCAAAACAAAAACAUCUUUGAAGCUAUCAUAUCAACCACACCGCUCAAUACAGCUUAGAGAAAGGAAGGCCACUCAAAUGCUAGCUAUUGUUCUUGGGACUUUCAUAGUCUGCUGGCUGCCAUUCUUCGUGACACACAUAUUGAAAACUCACUGUCAAGCAUGCCACAUCCCCCCAGAGCUCUACAGUGUUACCAUUUGGCUUGGUUACAUCAACAGUGCCCUCAACCCUAUCAUCUACACCACCUUCAACAAUGAGUUCCGUAAAGCUUUCCUUAAGAUUCUGUACUGCUGAAAACUCAGAGUGCCUCAGUUUUGUAUUCCUUGCAGAAACAGUAAAGGAAGGUAUAGCUGAGAUUGAUUUAUGUACAUCAGGAUGGAUUUUCUGUCAUCAGCAAAAAUGAAUUUUGGACUAACUUUACUAUGGACUUCCUCUACCAUCUAAUCUGGGA